UGUGUGUAUAAAAAUAAUAUUUUUAAAGCCAAAUGGAUGAGUGAAAAUUCACCAACAAAAGUUGUAUGGACAUCACCAAGAAAAGUUUUUCAAGAUUUAUCACCUGCCCGAAAUAUUGUAAAUAACGAAAUCGUCUUUGACAAAGAGGAAUUAAAAAACAGUUCAGAAUUCCACACAGCAGAAAAUACACCCAUAAAACAAUGUACAAUCGAAAAUAUUGAAUAUGUGCAUCGGCGAAGUUUCAAUAAAAGCAGUUCAGAGUCACCCAAAUUAAAUGAGUCCAAAUCAGAUUGCUCUGUUUAUGAUUCACCAAAAUCUGUAAAAGCAGCAGACCAAAUGGAUCAUAUAAUUCGAUUAUUUAAAAAAUUUAAUGUUCAUUCCCCAGUGAACUCAAAAGAAGGAACAUCAAAUAAUGAGUCCACAACACAAAAUCGUUUAUUUGAACAAAUCGAUGAAAAUAGUACAGCAAACAGUAAUUUUUAUGAUGCUUUAGAUGUUCGAGAAUUAGAACAAACAUCGAAUCAAACAAUUCCCACAAACAAUCAUUUUAAAGAUUCAUUAGAAAAUUUAUCAAUUCACAUUGAUCCUGAAUCCAAUUUUGAUAGUUUAAAGAGUUCUAUAUCGAAAGAAAAUGAUACAGAAUUUUAUGAAAGUACUAGUUUAGAGACUGAUUCAUUAAAUAAAAAUACAUUACCUAGUUUUGAAGAAGUUUUUAAAAUUCCCGAAAAAAUUCAUCAAGUGCCUACCACUUUUCUUAAUAAGUACUCAGAUAUCGAAACUGUCAAUCCGUCUAAUAUUCGUGCCAGUAUUCAAUCUGUGGAUUCAACAUUUAGCCUUGACAGUUUAAAUAAUGAAAAUGAAGAAAAUUCAAAAAGAACAUCUCGAAAUUUUCAUGAACAAUUACCAGAAUUAAAUUUCGAUAAUGAUUUAGAUAAUUAUUUAACUCCUAUUAGUUCAACUGAACUUUCUCCGAAUCCAACCAAAUCAAAUUCGAAUCCGUCUAUUUUAUCAGAAUUAAUAAACGAUCAAGAUAUGGAAGAAUUUUUAAUUAAUGAAAGGAAAAUUGAGAAUAUUAUGCUACAAAAUCCAGAAAUAAAUUCUAAAUUUGUAUUAAAAGACAAGUCCCCUGAAAAUUUAGAGCAAAUUACUCAUAAAAUAACUAACAAAAGGCAAUCGUUAAGAGAAUCAAUUCAUGAAAAAUCAAUAAAUGAAACAUUUGAUUCGAAAACGAAUUUAAUUGAACAAAUUGAAUUUGAGAAUUUACAAUUUGAGGAUCGUUGGGAAAAUCAAAAAUCCUCGUCAAAUUCACCAUUUUCAAUAAUCAAAAGUACGAUACCAAAUGAAAAAGUGGAACAGUCAAAUGAAAAUGGCUUUGAGAAAGAUCUAGAAGUUUCUAAUGCCUCUAUUGAAACAGUUCAGAUAAAUAUUCCAAAUGUUUCAGAGAAAGAUAUUCCACAUUCUACUGAAAAUACAUUUGUAAGUUGCACAGAUUUUGCUGAAACUGUGGAUGUUAAAAAUGAAACAAUAAAAAAUGUUUCAAAAAAUAUUAAUUCUAUUGAAAAUUCAUUUGAAAGUUGUGUUGAAACUGUUGAAAAUAACAUAAUUGAAAAUGAAGGGAUUAAUAAUGAAACGUUUCAAAAUAUUGGACAAAUGAAAUCAACCGAAAACACAUUCGUAGAAGAUGUAAAUGUUUCUAAUUCUAGCCUAGAAUUAUCUACAAUUAUUGAUAAAAAAGACAGUAGCCCAAAUAAAAUGGAAUUUAAUCAAGAAAAAUCUACAGUUAAGAUUCAAAUCGAGAAUGAAUCGAUACCUCAAAGUGAAAUUCAAUCGAACCAACAGGAAAUAUUAAGUACUUCGAUUAAAGACGGUGUAGAUCCGAUCGAUAACAAAAUUAAAAAGGAAAAUCUUGAAAUGAUGGUUUCACCUGAAAAUGUUUGUAAUGAAAAUGUACCAAACAAGACCAUCGUAGAGGAAAAUUUGAGCUGUUCAUUUAAAGACAGUUUAGUACUAACCGAACAAAUCCGUCCAAUUUUAAAUACGGAUCAAGAUUGUAGCGACGGUAUUAAUAUAUCAAAUGAAUCAUUCAAGGAUAAUUCAGGCUUCUUAGUUGAUGGAGAGGUCAUAAAAAAUAAAAGUACUGAAAUAUUCGAAGAAACUACACCAGUGGACAAAACUGCUUCGAGAUUCGAGAAAGAAAAUAUUGAAAUAACAAAAUCGAUUGAAACUGUUUGUACCGAAGGUCUCAAUUACACUUCGAAUGAAAAUUUAAUUAUGAAUUUGAAUGCUGAAACAUCUAUGCCUUCAUUUUCCAAUAAAGCAGAAAAAACGAACGAAGAUACGGGAAAUGCAAAAUCAAUUGAGUUUAAUGAAAGCUUCAAUGAAACUCCAAACGAAAAUUUAAUCACAGCGGAUAAAACAAAUUUGGAUUUGAGUUAUGAAGAGUCCUUAGCUCCAAAAGAAUCUGAUAUUGAAUUAAAAGCAUCUGAAUCGGUCUAUAUUGAAGGUCUAGACAGUAAAUACAAUGGAAUAUCCGAAGAAAAUUUAACCACAGCUGUUAACAUAACUUUAGAUUUGAAUAUUGAAAGUCAAUUUUCCAAUGAAAAUAUCUCAAAAGAAAAUAUUGAAAUACCGAAAUCAAAUGACAUUCUUUAUAGCGAAAGUCUCAAUAAUACAUCUAAUGAAGUUUCCGAGGAAAAUUUAACUAUAACUGAUAAUAAAACUUUGAAUUUAAAUUCUGAAACAUCUGAAAAAUCAUUUACCAAUGAAAAAAGUAUUGAAAUUAUUAGUAAAGAAAAUGUCGAAGCUAUGAAACCAACUGAAAUUAUGGUUAUCGAAGAGUUUAAUAAUACAUCGAAUGAAAUGUCAGAAGAAAAUUUAACCAUAGCCGUUAACAAAACCACGGAGCUAAGUUUUGAAUCAUCUCUGGCUCAAUUUUCGAAUGAAACGGUCAUAAAAGAAGAUAUCGAAAUGAUGAACCCAACUGAAAUAGUUUGUAGUGAAAAUCCAAAUAAUAUAUCGAAUGAAAUAUCUGAAGAAAAUUUAACGAUGGAGAUUAACAAAACUAUGGAGCUAAGUUCUGCAACGUCUACAACUCCAUUUUCAAAUGAAACUACGACAAAAGAAGAUAUCGAAAUAAUUAAUCCAACUGAAAUUGAUCCAACUGAAAGUCCCAAUAAUGUAUCGAAUGAAAUGUUUGAAGAAAAUUUGACGAUGGAGAUUAACAAAACCUUGGAGCUAAGUUCUACAGCGUCUAUUACUCCAUUUUCAAAUGAAACUACAACAAAAGAAGAAGUCGAAAUAAUGAACCCAACUGGAAUAGUUUGUAGCGAAAAUCCCAAUAAUGUAUCGAAUGAAAUAUCUGAAGAAAAUUUGACGAUGGAGAUUAACAAAACCAUGGAGCUAAGUUCUUUAACAUAUACAACUCCAUUAUCAAAUGAAACUGUCACAAAAGAAGAUAUUGAAAUGAUGAACUCAACUGAAAUUGAUUCUAGAGAAAAUUCCAAUAAUAAAUCGAACGAAAUGUCUGAAGAAAAUUUAACGAUGGAAAUUAAUAAAACUUUGGAGUUGAAUUCUGAAGAAACCUUAGUAAUUCCAGUUGCCAAUGAACAAAUUAUGAAAGGCUGUGUUGUUGAAAUUAUGAAGCCAACGGAAAAUGUUUCUAACGAAGAUCUUAGUAAUGCAUCAAAUGAAAUGGCGGAAGAAAAUUUAACUACAGUUUUUAAUAAAACCAUGGAGCUAAGUUCUGAAACUUUUGUGACUCCAUGUAUCAAUGAAAACAUCACAAAAGAGAACGUUGGAAUUGUUUCUACCGAAGGUCUUAUUAAAACAUCAAAUGAAAUGGUCGAAGAAAUUUUAACUACAGCAAUUAAUAAAACUAUAGAGUUAAGUUCUGAAACGUCUGUAACUCCACUUACAAAUGAAAAGAUUCCAACAGAGAGUAUUGAAAUUCUUUCUAACGAGGGUCUCACUAAUACAUUAAAUGAAAUGGCGGAAGAAAAUGUAACUUCAGUAUUUAAUAAAAUUAUGGAGUUAAGUUCUGAAACGUCUGUGACACCAUUUACCAAUGAAAAGAUCACAAAAAAGAAUCUUGAAAUUGUUUCUAACGAAGGUCUUACUAAUACAUUAAAUGAAGUUUCGGAAGAAAAUUUAACUACAGUGUUUAAUAAAACUAUGGAGUUAAGUUCUGAAACGUCUGUAACUCCAUUUACCAAUAAAAAGAUCACAAAAGAGAGUGAAGAAAUUGUUCCUAUCGAAGGUCUAAUUAAAACAUCAAAUGAAAUGGUCGAAGAAAUUUUAAUUACAGCAAUUAAUAAAACUAUGGAGUUAAGUUCUGAAACGUCUGUGACUCCGUUUACCAAUGAAAAGAUCACAAAAGAAAGUGUUGAAAUUGUUUCUAACGAAGAUCUUACUAAAACAUCAAAUGAAAUGACCGAAGAAAUUUUAAAUACAGUAUUUAAUAAAACUAUGGAAUUAAGUUCUGAAACGUCUGUUACUCCAUGUACCAAUGAAAAGAUCACAAAAGAGAGUGAAGAAAUUGUUCCUAUCGAUGAUCUAACUACUACAUCAAAUGAAGUUGCGAAAGAAAAUCUAACUACCGUAUUAAAUAAAACUAUGGAGUUAAGUUCUGAAACUUCUGUGACUCCAUUUACCAAUGAACCAACCACAAAAGAAAAUGUUGAAAUUUUUUCUACUGAAUUUCUUACUAAAACAUCAAAUGAAGUUGCGGAAGAAAUUUUAACAACAAUAUUUAAUAAAACUAUGGAUUUAAGUUCUGAAACGUCUGCAAUUCCAUGUACCAAUGAAAAGAUCACAAAAGAGAGUGAAGAAAUUGAUCCUAUCGAAGGUCUUACUAAUACAUCAAAUGAAGUUGCGAAAGAAAAUCUAACUACAGUAUUAAAUAAAACCAUGGAAUUAAGUCCUGAAACUACUGUGACUCCAUUUACCAAUGAAAAGAUCACAAAAGAGAGCGUUGAAGUUGUUUCUACCGAAGGUGUUAUUAAAAAAUCAAAUGAAAUGAUCGAAGAAAUUUUAACUACAGCAAUUAAUAAAACUAUGGAAUUAAGUACUGAAACAUCUCCGACUCCGCUUACCAAUGAAAAGAUCACAAAAGAAAGUGUUGAAAUUGUUUGUAACGAAAAUCUUACUAAAACAUCAAAUGAAGUUGCGGAAGAAAAUUUAACUACCGUAUUUAAUAAAACUAUGGAGUUAAGUUCUGAAAUGAAAUCAAUCAAUGAAAAAAGUAUUCCAAAGAAUGUCGAAAUAAUGAAACCAACUGAAAUUGCUUCUAUCGAAGUCCUCGACAGAUUUUGUGAUGUAUCCGAAACAAAUUUAAGUACAACACCAAACAAAACUUUGGAUAUUAAUUCAAUGAAAAAUCAACUUCCUAUAAAUCUAAAAUCUGAAAUCCAGGAAAAUUUAGAAUUUACUAAAAAUGUAAAUAAUGAUGAGUUAAUUCAAUCAAGUAAGAUUCUCAUGGAAAAAUCGCUGAAAGAAAAAGAUGACAAAAUUGCUGAAUCUACCCCUCUUACCCCAAAAGUUGAACAUAAAUCUUUAAACGCUGAUAUGGCUGCCACAAAAUCUAAUGAAAAAUCAGAAAUAAAUAUUUUGAAUGAUAUUUCAAAAUCAGGAAUAAUUAUUGAACCAGAAUUGAAAAAAAUUGCUUUAAAAGUUUCUGAUUUUGAUAUUUCUAAGAGUUCAAUAUCUAUCGAAAAUACAAAAGACGGCAUUUUGGAAUCGAAAAUCUAUUCUCCUGCAUGGAAUACUGAAUUACCUAUAAGUAUUACUGAAAACAAGACUGAUAAUAUAAUCAAAUUUUCAAUGAAUUGGGAAGCUCCUACAAAGCCUAGUAAUCUACUUGAUGAUCAAAAAGCUCAUAGUGAUAAUUUAAGAGUUGUAAACGAGGAUGGCUUAAAUGUUUCGUCAUGCUCUUCGGAAUUAAGUAAAACAUUAGUUGACGAUGAAACAUGUAAAACAGCAAGUAAUCCGAACACUGUACAAGGUAAAGUCGAAACAAAUAAACUAAUCGACCUAGAAUCGCUUAAACAAAACACCAACCAAAAUCAAAUCGAUAAACUAAGAACAGCUGCAGAUAAUAUUGACAGCCCUCAAAACUUUUAUUCAGGGCAUACAUCAUUAAAGACCACAAAUGUAAAUCCAUCACAAGAUUCACCGAGUUACUGUUUCGAUGUAUUUGAAAGUUCUGUAACGAAAUUAAAUUUAGCGGAAGUACACGGAAAUUCAGUGAAAAAAAAUAAAAAAACAGAAAUGAAAAUUCGUACGGAGGAUAUAAAUGUUGAUACAUGCUUAAAUAUUCUUGCACCGAUUAAAACAAAUGAAGAUAAUUUUAAUAAUAUUGAUGAUUUAUCGAUAAUAAAUAAAAAAUCGAUAAUUGAGCCAAUUUUACAUGAAGAUAGUACAAAUAAUAAAUUAUCGAUUGAAAGUAUACCGAUUGAACAAAUUGUUACAAACUUACAAAGUAAUGGAAAUAAUUCAAGAAAUGUUGUUGACAUUCAAACAAAACAACAUGGAUCAAAUAUCGAUGAAUUAUUAUCAAUUCGUAAUCAAUUGGAAUCCGAUCAAACUAAUGUUCAACAAUCACUGACUAAUACACCACCACCACCAACAGCUAGUUGUAGUAACACAUCUUCUGAAGAAGUAUUCGUUUCACCACGAGGAUUUUCAUGGGGAGCACUUUUUGGAAAAUCAUCGAAUGAAGGAACAUUUCGUGAACCUCGACCGUCUACUAUCAAAUUAUUCGAUCCCUUAUUAAAUAACAGUCCCAGUCCUACUUCAAAAAUGAACAUUAAUCCUAACAAUGAUUCUUCACAACUUACAAAUACAAAUAAUAGCCAAACUACGAACAUAGAAGCAAUUUUAAAUGAAAAUAUAACGGAGCCAUCUACAUGUAAUGUUGAAACUCAACAAGCUCAAAUUCAGGAACAACAUUCUCCAAAUGUUGAAGAUAAUUUUGAAAAAAUUAAUAUAGAAAAAUCCACACUUAUAGAACCAAUCUUCUCUUCUUCACCUAAAACGAAUCAAUCAACUUCAUUGAUAAAAAUUGAAUCAGAUGAAAAACGAAAAGAAUUACUUGAAUUAAAACGGCAUCUUCAAUUGCAAAAUAAAUUGGCAGAGACCAAUCAAUAUCAACAUUUGGCAAAAUUAACGAAACAAACACAAGAAAUAGUUUUACUGAUUAAGUAUCGUUAUGGCCACGCCAAUGACCAACUCAAAAAUAUUAUUCAUGAAACAGAAGAAAGAACUCACAAAAAACAGAAAGAUUUAAAUAAAUUGGAAUUCCAACUACAAAGUGAACUUGAUAAGAAUAAGCAUCUUAAAGAGGAAACAAUCAUUGCACGAAAUCAUUUAACCAAGUGCGAAGAUGCAUUAAACGACGUCUACGAAAAGUAUCAAGCAAUGCGGGAAAGAAUUAUUAGAUAUGAACAAAGUGAAAAAGAAAUGUUGAAAAUGAUUGAUGAUCAAGUAAUCAAAGGUGAUGAAUUAAAUGUUAAUUAUUUGGCGCUUAAGAAACAAGGAAUAGAAGAUUUGACCAAGUUAAAUGGUAUUUAUCUUAAAGCUAAACAUGAUCAUGAAACAGAAUUUUUGGCUUUACAAGGACGAAUACGUCGUCAACAAUUGUUGAGUGAAUCACUUGAAAGUGAACUUAAAAGAAAAACUGAAGAGUGUCAACGUUUAAGUGAAAUGUGUGAUGAAAUUUUAAUAAAAAAGAAAUAAUUUAUUUUAUUAAUU